AUGCAAUGGCGCUCUCUUGCUGCUUUGGCAGCGCUCCUGGCAGCACAUGAUGUCGUAUAUGCGCAACAGAUGCUGCGAUUCUCGUGCUCGAAGCUGACUAUCGAGCGUUUAGACCCGCUGGUCUCGCCAGGUAUGGAACAGUCACCGCAUAUGCAUCAGGUCGGCGGCGGAAACUCGUUUCGAGCGUCUAUGCCACCCGUCGAUUUCGAUCCCGUGAAGGAGUCGACUUGUACUUCGUGUACCUUUGCCGAGGACUUUUCGAACUACUGGACUGCCAACUUGUUCUUCAGAGCUCGUAAUGGGACCUUGAAACGCGUACCACAACUGGUGAAUAUGGGCUUGAAAGCUGACGGGGGUUUAACCGUGUAUUAUAUCCCGCCGUAUGAUGGCAAGACUAAUGUUACUGCAUUCAAGCCGGGGUUCCGUAUGCUGGUUGGGGACCCGAUGCUACGACAAGCUGAAGGCCAGCAGCGACAGAUUUGCCACCGGUGCUUCAGCACGAUUAACCAGGUGCCAUUUGGCGGCGCACCUUGCACAGGCGACGAUACAGCAUCCCUCCCCCCUGGGAUGUGCAACGGCGGUAUUCGCACAACGAUUACCUUCCCUACAUGCUGGGACGGCGUUAAUGUCGACUCGCCUGACCAUAAGAGUCACGUUGCAUACCCCGAGACCGGAUCUUUCGAGAGCGGCGGCCCUUGCCCGGCCAGUCAUCCCGUCAAGCUCCCACAGUUGAUGUAUGAAGUUAUAUGGGAUACACGACCCUUUAAUGACCCGGAUUUGUGGCCUGAGGAUGGGUCUCAGCCCCUGGUCUAUAGUAUGGGAGAUGGUUCCGGUUACGGCCAACACGGUGACUACCUCUUCGGCUGGAAGGACGAUGCUCUCCAGAGAGCAUUAGAUGCUCGUUGUAGCAACGAUCGCUGCGCACAGCUUAAAUCGCAGACUUCCGAUGACGCGAUGCGGUGCACACUUAAUCAGACCAUUCCAGAGAAGUACGAUGGAUUACAAACACUCAACGCGACUGCGAUUCCACGAAAUUAUGCCGAUGUCAUGGACACUACGAACGCGUCAAAUCCGCUUCAGCAGCUCGGCGCGAUGAACAGGAUUGCUAUCGCAGACUUAACCCCCGAAAUACAAGACUCGGCAUCUUGUGCUGUGCGUGGUGUGGUUACUAUCACAUGGCCCUAUAAUUCUGUUAAAGGCACAUUUGCUUUUAUCCUCGCUGAACCUGACUAUCGUCUUCGCAGAAGCAAGGGGCAGGUUCGUAUAAAUCUGAACGGUGUAUCUGCCAAGGCCGCUGGAGAGAGCGGGCUAAGUAGUGGUGAUGAAGUUCUCGUGAGCUUGGAUGGAGCUGAGUGGGAGCCUGAACAAACCAAGAAGCGGCAGAGUUUACUAGGCGCGGGGAUUGAUUGGCAGUUGAAAUUCUCAGAUAAACUUAUACUUCAGGUUAUCUUGACCGAGACUGGAGAGACUAAGCUCGUCAAUGUCGACCGUCCUCCUCCCGCAGUGCCCCAACCUCGGGCUGAAACGCCGCCGACCGAAAUAUCUCACGAAGAAGAUCUCCCUGUUCAAAUACUCGAAACUCUCACGCCACCUAGCAAAACGUAUAUUGCGAAGCUCAAAGAUGGUGAAUUCGAAUCCCCAGCUUUCGUUAAGAGAGCUCGGAUGUCAUACGGAUCCCUAUUCGAAGAUGGAUACGACAUAUUUGAGGACGAUGGUGGGGUAAGAGGGAGAGGCCGGAAAAGGUCAAGAUUUGGUCGUGAAAGCGGUGCAUGGAAAUAUACCAGCCAGUCUCCUAGUCCUGAACCUACCUCACCUCAGAUCACCGUGAGCUCUCCGCCAAGACCUGAUAUGACUGAUGAAGGGUGUCAAACCAUGGAAAUUGACCUACCAAUGCCUUUGCCUACGCAAGAAAACAUUAACAACGAAGCACAGCUAAUCUUGGAGUCGACAUCAAGAGUAGAUGUUACUUAUCCCCAACAAGGAAUGGUAGAUCAUGGUGUUCAAGGGGAUUUCCACAGCGGAUGGCCAGUCGCGACACCUGCUUCACUCCCACCACCCAGGGCUAGCAGUGAACUUCCUAGUAGUGGUCCUGAAUUAUCUGCAUUCCAGGCCGCCGAUGGAUUUAACAUAGUCACUGAUGACCUUCAGCGAUGGAAUGCUCCAUCUAUGAACCUUCCGCCUGAAGGCUACCUACAUACUACUGAACCUCCAUCAGCUAAUGGUUUUCCAAAUUCCUUCGAGAUCGAAACAUCCGUGGGGCAUGAUAUAAUGAGACCCAGAAGCCGUACACACUCCCCAAACGAACCUAAUCACCUUGCUGUUGAACAUGGUGAGCACCAUCUUAAUGAGGGCCCGGCGACUGAUGAGCAAGGCUACCCAAUUCACGCUACAUUACAUAGCACGGACUACCCGCCGCUAGGUCUUGAGGAUGAAGAGGAAAGUACAACGAUACCUCAUGUGGCACAUAUGGAUUAUCCUCCUUCCUAUUUAGAGAACAAUCACCCAUUCUCCCAAGAGGAGACUAUGGAUAUUGAACGAGGCUCGUUCGAUUCUAGCGUUCCUGCAGCUGAAAUUGUAGGAUCAUCGUCUUGGGCUACGGUCAAUAACCCACCCCAAGCGACGUCGAUGCCUCAUACUGGCCGGUUGGGUAGUGCAGAGGGAGAGUCUCCCGAUACCGCAGUUGUCAUAGACGAGAGUGAUUCAGACGACGAACCACCACCGCCGACUGCUGUAGAGGACACAGUCAUGACCGGUCAAGUCGAUGAUCUCGAAAUGUAUGAAGAAGUAGAAGCUGAAGAAGAAGUGGAUGCUGAGUAUUCGGAUGAUGAUGAACCUGAAUAUGAUGCCGACGAAAUGGGCGGUGACUACGAUACAGUGAAUUAUACCGCACCAGACGAUGAUGAAGAUGAUAGUCACGAUGAAGACUUGCGACCACACGAACUAGAACCCGAGUUUGACGACGGCGAAAGCUGGGAUGAAGAGGAUGAGGACGCUGAAAAUCUUGAGUAUGAAAGCGAGUACGAAACUGACAAUGAUGAGGAGAAUCGAAAACCUCUGCGGCCAGUUUCACAGUCUAUCCCUCAGGUCAUUGAUCUCAUUUCAUCCUCGGAGGAUGAAGGGGAAGAUGACGAAGCUACCCAGCCGCGGCAAGCGGCUCGACCAGUCGUUAGCAGUAUAUCACAAAAUCGGCCAGCAACAUCGCCAGGAAUUAUAUCAAAGCAAGCACUUGUACAGCCCAUCGAAAGUGAAAGUGAAGAAGAUGACGAGGAUAGCCUGGAUAACGAGGAGAGGAAUGAUGAAGAAGAUGAGGAAGGGGAUAAAUAUAUUGAAAGGGAGGACGUCGUCGGCUCGGUCGAUUCAUUUGAUAAAUCGGAUUCUGAGUCCUCGGGAGGCGAGAAUGAAGAUGUUGAGAGAAUACUCGAGGAAGAGCUUGAAGAAGCAGCGCUUACUCCUGGAGACGAUGAUGUGGCGGAGUCUAUUGAGAUGGGUUCUCAGCAAAUGCCCGCUGCACCCGAAACCCCGCGCCCUAACGAGCUCACCGCAUAUGAAAAAACAUCGCCUGAGCCUAGUCAUGCAGCAUUAAUGGGCAUGGAAACUAAGGUGGAAUAUCAAGAAAACAACAUUCCACAAUCGGCCGCUGACGGACUCGAAAUAUUGAGUCGGGCGGUCGAUAGUGAAUCCAACAACAAUAAUGUCACGUCUCCUAGGGAUAUGCAAGAUGAAGAUGCUGUUGACACCAUAUUAUCUAAAAGUGACGAACCCCUAGCGGAACGCACAGAAGCUCUAGAGGGGCAAGUAGAAGGAUAUGAAUCCCUAAAUUCUCAAGAGGAUGAGGAUAUGGUCGAUAUGGUACCUAUUUUACCAGCUACUUCUUCAACCCCGCAGCCUAUAGCAGUGGACGAAGAGAGGCGAGCCGAAACCACAGCACCCUCGUCCCCUCUGUUAACACAUUCGUUCAUAUCUCUAUCUGCGGAUUCCAAAAAGAUGGAUGUAGUGUUACGAGAGAAUAUUGCUGUUACGGGAUCCCGGCUUCCGGCUGAUCAGCUGCCAACACCUCAAGAUACACAAUUAAUGGGUGAUAUCACGAUAUCAGACUCUGUUGCAGUUGUUUCUAUGGAUGUUGAUGAGCCAGAUGUGGUAGACGAUGCGACAGGGCUGUCGCCCGUGGCUGAGCAAUUGGCCAGCAGAAAACCACCUUCGGUAGCUGCUGAAGAUAUCAUUACAAAUGUCGAGGAGCCUACGGAACCCAGCACAGCUCAACUAGAAGAUACCCACCUUGAAGAACCAUCCCAGGAUACCACACAACGGAACAACUUGCCUGCUUCGCCGAGUUUAUCCUUCCAGACUCAGGUUGCCGCUGAGGAAAUGGUCCCAGCAAGUUUCGUUGAGUCUAUUCCUGAGAUUACGAUCGAACUUGAGACCGGAACUGAUGCCCGACCUGAUACUGGGACUAGUAUUUCUCGUGCUAGCCUGUCAUUUAUAUCUCAGAUGGAGGUUGAUGAAGAAUUACAAGCCAGUAUCAUGGAAAAUUCCGAGUUUGAUGAUGAUACGGAUACUGAGGUGGCAGAGGAACGUGGAACUCAGUACCAGGUCGAAGAAUAUGAAUAUGAGGGUAGUCUCGCUCAAAGUGAGGAUGAUGUUCACACAGAGCUUGAAAGCCAAAGUCCCGUUUCGAGAGAUCCGUCUCCAGAUCUUGGAACGCAGAUACAAGAGCGACGGGACACUAGGCGGGCCAACUCAACUGACAUAGAGGCUGACUCUGAGCAAAUGUCACAAACGGACCCGAGUGUGCAGCUUGCACGUGUUGCAUAUGCUUCUAAGCGAAGGGUGAAGAAUCCUGAUGCAACCAAAAUUGUUCAUGCGGACGAGAUAAAUAUGUCUGCUAUUGAACGCUCAUCUUCACAGGGUGAUGAAGAAAGCUAUUCGAUGACGGCGGCGAAGCUAAAACUUGUGCGUCAUCUUCGGGAUGAAUUGCCUGACUGCACGCCUCUCAAGGUUUUGCGACAGCAUCUUCAAAAGAAGCUAGAUAUAAUUGCUGUCGCUAUGAUGUACCCGCCAGACCCACAAAGAGCCAAGGGCGGCCCGCGCGAAUUCAUGAUGUCGUUUACUAUCACUGAUCACUCGAUCGGCCCCUAUUCGGUUGUGGAAGCACAGUUAUAUCGACCGCACAAAGAAACGCUGCCAAUCGUCAAGGCCGGUGAUGUUGUACUCCUUCGCAACUUCACGGUCAUCUCACUUCAAGGCAAGGGCUUCGGCUUACGCACAAAUGACGAGUCAAGCUGGGCCAUUUUUGACCAGGAUGGUGAACCGCCUCAGAUCAAGGGACCUCCCGUCGAAUACGGCGAGAGAGAGAUCACUUAUGUAGCGCACAUGCGGGCGUGGUAUAACCUACUAGAUGAGAAGGCGAGGUCGAAACUUGAAAGGGCUAAUAAGAAGAUAAUCGAUGCGGGCAAAUCGAAGUAG